AUGGCGCAUCGAGUUAGUAGCUUUUUGUUGAAUUACUGGUCAACACCUCACUCAGUAACAGGCGUGUCUCCCGCGGAUCUGUUUUUGAAGAGACAACUCCGAAACAAAUUUUCGCUCUUACAACCUAAUUUUAAGGGGAGAGUUAGUCGUAAGCAGAUGAUGCAAAAGGAACAUCACGACAAAGGGCGAGUGAAAGUUAGAUCAUUUGUGGUGAACCAGACAGUUCGUGUUAGGAAUUUUCGUGGAGGACUGGAGAAAUGGGUUCCAGGGAAGAUUGUAAAACAGUUGGGUCCCUUGACCUACUUAGUGCGCGUCGGACCAAUUAUUCGGUAUGCACAUGUCGAUCAUAUCGUGUCGUCGGGAGAGGAAAUAAUCAAUGAUGGACCAAUCAAGAUGGAGACUGAAAGUGUUGUUGACACAAGUUUACCUACAAGUCAACCGAUCACGCCACGUGCUAUUUUGACAUCAGUACCUGAAAUACAAGACACCGCAGAAAUCGGAGGUGGGAGUGAAGUGUAG